GACGCGAACGGCGUCAUGACGUCACAGUUGUGUUGACGUGGCCGUCAGCGGCGGUGGCAACUCAACACAUAGUUAGCAUGCUAGAAGGCUCCGCAAUGGGAAGGCGAGACCACCGAGGAUUAGCAACCUAAUCAUGGAUUGAAUUGACCUGAUUGGGGUUGAUUUCUUUAGUGAAAAUGACUGGGAGAGGCCAGCACUAUGGCUUCCAGUCGGCCACCAUGGUUCAACCUGCCAAUAGAGGUCAUGUCUACCUGUUCGGGACUGCCGGUUCCGAAAACGAACUGUCCGAGGAGGACGGGGAGAGCUAUGAGCUGCGGCCGCGCGGCAAGGAGAGGACCCGCAGGAGCACCUCCAGGGAGAGGAUGGACGACGUCAUCUACCUGACCAGAGACAUCCAGGAGGGCGACACACUCAACAGCAUUGCCUUGCAGUACCAUUGCUCAGUGGCUGAUUUAAAGCGCACAAACAACCUCCUGACAGAGCAAGACUUCUUUGCACUGCGCUCAGUCAAGAUCCCUGUCAAGCGCUUCAGCGUGCUGACUGAAACUCACAACACCGGACCUCUCAAACCUUCCUCAACCGCUGAGUCCCGACACCCGACCCAGAUCUCGGCUGCCACAGCCCUCCCCAUCGAGUCGUCCACGGACUCGUCCUCUUCUACGGACAGCGUGGAAGGCUUCCUCAUGGAGAAAGACAAGGACAUUGAGCAACUGGUCAAAUCCACAGGGCCGUCCAGGAGCAGCCUCAACGAAGUCGUGUCCUCCUUGACGCUCCAGCCCAAGCAGCUGGGAAAAGUGGAGUAUAAAUCGGUGGCGAGAAAGGACCCUUAUUAUGGCGCCGACUGGGGCAUGAGAUGGUGGACGGCGGUAGUCAUCAUGCUCGUGGUUGGCAUCAUCACGCCAGUAUUCUACCUGCUAUACUAUGAAGUCCUCAUGAAGGCUGAAGUCAGCCAUCACGGGACACCUGCACAUGUUCCUGGCUAUGAGCUUCCCGCGCACGACCAUAGUCACGUUCCUCGAGAAAACGGUCACGCUGGAGCUGGCCCCUCACGACAUGCUGGAGACGUGCCUCACAAAGCCCCGCAAGGACCCAAAGUGUUGGGUGCACACCAUGGAAAGACACGAUAAAAGCCCUUUUUAAAUAAUGACAUGCUGCAUCAAUGCAAUCUUCAGAGGGAAAGUCACUUUAUGAGUGGGAGCACGCCAUUUGUACAUUUCAGUGAUUUUAACUGACCCGGAUUUAUUUCGUCUCAUUCAUGCUGCUGCCUUCAUGUGAAGCCACACACACAUUUUGUUGCUUCAAAUUUGGACAACGCCGCAUUUCCAGGGCAUUGAGUCUGUAGCCGCCAACAAAAAGUUUGGGCUUUUUGAUUAUAUAAAAGGGACUGUUUUUUUUUUCCUCUCCACAAUUUAAAGCAGUGUGUUAAUGUGUUCUUUCUUCAAAAUAGCAGGGAUAAAGAAUUAUACCCUAAAUUCUUGCCUGUGAACACCCACCUAUACACCUGGGCCGGUGGCGAGCACGGCGACUUAGCUUGGUUUGGAGUUGUGGUGGCAGAACCAAGAGUGUGAGUAACGAUAAAUCAAAGCAUUUUAAUUCACAGAGGCAAAUCUUCAUACUGUGUGUGGCACAUGGACACCAACAAGCACAAUUUUCCAUCAUAUUUCCUCUUAAUCAUUUUCGAUUUGUUGGAGAAAAUGAUUGUGCACAUUGUGUUGAAUUUAGAUUAAUAUAUUUCAGGAGCCGUUGUACGCUGACUAUUGAAAGUUUUGAAUUCCGUUGGUUGUCUUCACUUCCAGAUGGCCAAGAGAGUACUGCAUUUAAAAAAAAAAAAAUUGGAGUUGCACAGACUUCCAGUAUAAUGAGGAGUUUUUUGUUUUUUUUUUUAAUUUUACAAAAGUCCAUUUACAUCACCACUUGUGUAGAUUCUGGAAAAGUAUUCUGACAGUAUGUGCCUUUAAACCUGUGUAAAUGUGCUUACAGGCUGCAGACAAAAAAUAAAUCUAUUUUCAAAUAUU